UCCAAUUGAGAAAAAAACCUCAGACCUUAUCCAAAAAAGUGAAAAAAUGAUGCAAGAAACAGAACAUAUACAUUACUUCAUUUAAACUCCAAUUUUCUCACUCCAUGGAAAACUCAUGGAUGCAUAUGUUCAAGUAAAUUUCCUUCUUUCCCCUUUUAACUUAGUUCUUAUAUAUACCUUACCUUGAGGUAGAAACAAGAAAAACAAAAAGCCAAUAAAAGUUAAGAAAAAAAGAAAUUGAGGAUGUCUCUAUCUUGUUUAAUAUUUUUGGUCUCAAACUCAAUCUUCCUUUUGUCUUUAUUUUCAUUUACAAUUCAUGCCCAUCGCUGCACUGAGGACUUUUGGUCUGUAGCCCAGAGCAGAAAUCUAACAUUAUGCAAGAGAUACGAACAUAGCAGUGGCGUUGAGUUUGGAUGGAAUUUCGAGAACACAACUCAGACUCUCCAGGUAAUGGUGGGAGCUAGAUUAGAAAGUGAAACAGGGUGGCUAGCUUGGGGUUUGAACUUUGGACCAGAACCAAGAAUGGUGGGGACCCAAGCACUUAUUGGUAUCAAACAAACAAAUGGCUCAUUUCUUGGUGACACGUACAAUGUCACACAAUAUAUAAAGAUAGGGUGCAAGCUCUUGCCUUCUCUUAUUGAUUUGAAUGUAAGGAAUUUGAAGUUUACUUCUUUGGAACAUCUUCAGUAUCACAUUAUAGAAGCCACUAUACAUCUUCCUCAAACAGCUAAUGAUUCAAGAAUUAAUCAUGUUUGGCAAGUUGGAAAAGUUGCAAUAGGAAUGGAACCCAAGAUUCAUGAUAAACAUCUCCGUAACUAUGAUGGAAAAGAGACCUUUGAUUUGCAUACUGGCACAGCUCUAACUAUUAGAGCUGGUAGACGUCAUCAAGCAAGAGUUGCUCAUGGAGUACUUAACAUUAUUGGUUGGGGUGUAAUAUUGCCUAUUGGGGUGAUAAUAGCUAGGUAUUUCAAAAAGGGACCAAUAUAUUGGAAUGAACAUGAUCAAUGGAAACAUGCUCACAAGGUAUGCCAAACAUGUGGAUAUAUUAUUGGUGCAACUGGUUGGGCACUUGGACUCUGGCUUGGAACUUCAUCCAAAUAUUACUCUUUUCCCAAACAUGGAGCUUUUGGUAUCUCCAUCUUCACCUUUGCCACCCUACAAACGCUGGCAUUGAGAUUAAAGCCCCAUAAAAACGAUGACCUUCACACAUACUGGAGUAUAUACCAUCUUUCUCUUGGCUAUGCAUUACUGGUAGUGAUUUGUGUCAACAUAUUCAAAGGGAUCAAAAUAACGCAAGAAGAGGAAAUAUGGAGACCUGCCUACAUCACAGUUGUUGCCUUUCUUUCUUUCAUCUUCUUAAUCUUUGAAAUCAUCAAUUGGCUCCGAUUCAAAGUUGAUCAAUUGAACAAGGAAAAAGACAACUCAGCUGGAACAAUGUCCAAAUCGACAUAGUACGAAAGAGUCAUCUCAUUUUCUUACUUCUCAAUUCAUUCAUUUCAAGACUGGUUCUGAGAGACUGAUACAGAAAGAAGUCUAGUACUUCUUAUGACGUGUUUUUUUUUUCAUUUUGGUAUCUAUGAUGCCAUAUCUUUAUUUUUUUUUGUUUUUAUUUUUAAAAUGAUGUUUUACAGUGAUGGUGGUGUUUCAGUUAGUUUGUGCACUUCAAAACUAUAUAUUUACUAAAUAUGUGUUAACUAUGUUAGGUGUGGAAUUGGCCAAACAAGUCAAUUCUUUUGUUCACAUAGUCGUGAUGUAAGCGUUUACCUCAUAAUAGUUGUGAUGUAAGCGCUUACCUCAUCAUAGGAAAUUCAUUCCUAUAAAUAGGUAGCUUAUGGUUCAUUUGUAAGAAAUCAUUAAGAUCAUUUGCUAUACACAUCCCAAGAGAGAAAAAAAUCUAAGAGAAAUACUCUUAGUGAAAGGCCUAAGUAAGAGAAGGUCUUUGAGAGAAUUUUCUGUGGUAAAAUUCUUGAGUGUAAUUGGGAUUGGGGUUGUGAGGUUGAGUGUUGUAAACACUUGUAAUAUUUCUUCUUUAAUAAGAUCUG